UCUGCACAGGGCAAGAUGGAGCUGCUGAAGGGAUUACCAUGGAGCCGUGCUUUUCUGGCUGUCAUCCUCAACCUGCUGGCUCUAAGUCUCUCCACCACUGCCUUGCUUGGCAGCUACUGGUGCACUGGGACCCAGAAAGUGCCCAAGCCUCUAUGUGGGAAGAGCAAAACCACCAAGUGCAUCAGUGUCCCCAUGCCACCUAAUGAAGGUGCUAGCAAUGUUUCAUACCAGGAUGUGGUGCACUACAGCUGGGAGACCGGGGAUGACCGCUUUGCCUUCAGAUACUUCCACACAGGGAUGUGGCUUUCCUGUGAAGAGAGCUUGGAAGGGCCAGGUAGCAAAUGCCGUAGCUUUAUUGAGCUUUCACCACCAGCAGAGAGAGGAAUCCUGUGGCUAUCGCUGGGAUCAGAGAUGUUGUACAUCAGCUUGUUGCUCAUCAGCUUCAUCCUCCUGAUGGUGGAAAUGCUGCAUACUAGCAAUCCUGUCUGUGGGUUGAAGCUCAAUGCCUUUGCUGCUGUCUCCUCGGUGCUGUCAGGUCUCCUUGGGAUGGUGGCACACAUGAUGUACAGCCAAGUCUUCCAGGCAACAGUUAAUCUGGGACCAGAGGACUGGAGACCACACUCAUGGGACUACGGCUGGGCUUUCUACAUGGCCUGGGUCUCCUUCACCUGCUGCAUGGCCUCUGCUGUCACCACUCUCAACACCUACACCAAGACAGUGCUGGAGUUCAAAAGAAACCACAUCAAGGGCUAUGAUGAGAGCUUGAAGAAUCCACCUCAGCAUCACCGGUGCUUCAUACAGAAGCAAAUAAGCAGCUAUUACGAGCCCCAAACCAGGCCCCUCCGUUCAGUUUCUGAAGGUGUCGACUUCUACUCUGAGCUGCAGCAGAAAGUGCUAAAGAGGGAACCAGAGCUUGAACUGGAUGACAUCUUGGGACAGACAAUCGGGGAGGAUCACUGUUAGGGUUGAGUGUGUAGGGACAGAGCAGUGGGGUUCGGGAGGCACAAGAGCUUUUAACCAAACACUGGCAUCACUGUUAGCAAGUUCUAGGUGAGUUCUUCCUUCCUCUGCUCUUUGGAGAGUGAGAACUGAAGGUGGGCACUGGGCCAGGGCAAUGGCAGUGCCAACAGUAGUAGGGUGGGUCCCCCCUGAUCACAGUUUGACAAGUGUCCUCAGCUGGAAAGGGUGAAAUUGGAGAGACAGGUUGGUGCCAGCUGUCUCCCAGCACUUUCAGACAGAGCUGAGGCAGUUAUACUAAUCCCAGCAGUCCUGCACCCGGGAAUAGUCAGUGCCAUCCAGCUGGCACAUUGAAGCACUGGGUCUCUUUUGAGUGGUGUCACACUGACCUUCCAGCAACCCCCCUGGUUCAGGGCUAUGGUGAAGGGCAUCAGUGCUCAUACUGAUUUGCUGUAAUCCUCUCUGAACACUCUAUUUCUUCUUUAUUUUCAGGACCAACCUCCUCUUCUCCCAGCCCCCAAAUUAAAAAUGCUGAUGCAGUAGGAAUGGGGGGUUGCUUUCAGACAUCUCUAUCCUCCUCUUUCCUAUCUGUCAUGACCCCCACAUGCUCCAUUCUUGCCUUUUCCCACAAAAUCUCCCAUUCUAAGGUACCUUCCUGUCUGUCUCUUUCUACUGUGCUUCUCCACAACCUUUAAAAAUCCUUGGCUGGGCUUUUGAUUUUUUGUUUCUCUUCAUCUGUCCCCUUUUUCCCAUUGUAAAAAUAUUCCAAACAAACCCCAAAUCAAGCAAACUCAUAAUCUUUGAA